AUGAGCAUGAAAUUGAUAAACUUAUCAACGCUCGUCCUACGAGAGUCGCUUCCGCUAGGCAGCUUUGUGGUCGACAUCGAAAACCCCGCGGAUGAUUUCUAUGACAGCAGAUCUUUAACGGCAAACAUUAACGAAUAUAAUACCACGGUCAGGUCAUACGAUAACCCCAGGGACUUACUGCCUAUAUUGAAUUCCAUUCGCGGGAAGCAUAAAUCUUUAUCGCGACCCCAAGACAGCAUAGACAAGCUAUAUCAUCGAAGAUACCGACUUAAAAACCCGGCGAUCGUGUUAGAACAAAUCUGCGGCAACAAACGUACAAGAGAAUGGUUGGAGGACGCGUUCGAUACCGAACCCGAAAUUUACAUGAUAGUCGGGCUCGAAACGGUCGGCAUUCCGCUCAGGGACAGAACGUCCUUAGAGCAAACACAGACCUUGGAACUGAUCUAUAGAGUUCAGUACCACCGAUUGGACUUUUCUUGGUUCUCGAUCAGAAAGCUGGAGGCCGCUGUGCUACAAAAAAACCAGUGGCUCCCUAAGAGAACGAUCAGAACGGUUGAUGAACCGAAGGAUUCCGAAAGAGCUAUUAGCGUGACAUUAGCAUCUGCUCUAUCUGAAGAUGAUGAGAAUUUGAGUUCAAACAUCGAAGAUUAUGAUCUUCGAACCGUUCCUAGUGAAGUCCUUUAG